CGAUAGUGAGGGUAGAAACCUAUCUGAGAACCGACAGCUUCUCAACUGGCACAAGGCUGAAAGCAGAUUUUUGUGUUUGGUCGUUAAAUCGAUGGAGGCAGAGGCAACACUAAUCUAUACUCUGAUUUGACAUCCAGCAGUCUGGCAGAAGAAGAUUAAGAUGCAUUGAUGAAUGGAUCUCGCCCCAAUUCCGGUCGAAUAAUGAUCAGAGAUAUCGUCAUAGUGCAGCAUCCCGUCUCUGUUUGUGUGCCUGUGAACCACAGAGUGACUCUGAGCGUUCGUGCUGAGGGUAAAGGCAUCCUCAACUACCAGUGGUUUACUGAGGAUGAGAAUGAGGUUCCCGGUGGCACUAAAGAACACUUGACUAUCACGGCUACACAAACACAGCUGUAUGUGUGUCGAGUGAGCGACCAUCUGUAUAACUUUGUGUUCAGCGACUGGGUAAAAAUGAAGGUGGUGGACAUUGAUAAAUCAGGUUUGCCAGUACACUGGGCAGGGGAGCCCCAUAUUGCUGUCAACCCAAAACCUCAGAGAGUCAGGAAAGGCUCAAAAAUCACUCUGCGCUGUGUGGCCUUUGGUAUACCAGCUCCUCGCUAUCAGUGGUACAGAAAUGGACAGCAACUGGUAGACAAAACCAGUGACACACUGCAGAUUGAACAUGCAGCAGCUGAACAUGAAGGAUCAUACCUGUGCUCCAUAUCUAAUGUGUUAGCAGAGAGAUGGACUGAACCAGCGGAUGUUGACAUUGUGCGAGUGGAUCAGAUUCCCCCUGCAGCACUCACAGCCACUGAUAAAGUUGCCCUACUUAUUGGCAACCUGAAUUACUCUAACCACCCUGGCUUGAUGGCCCCCAUCAUGGAUGUACACAAGCUGUCCAACCUCCUGCAGCACCUUGGCUUCAGAGUGGUGUCGCUGCUUGAUCUCACCAGGGACGAGAUGCUCGCUGCUAUUGACAAGUUCAUUCAGCUCCUUGAUAGAGGAGUCUAUGGCCUUUUCUACUAUGCUGGUCAUGGUUUUGAGCGUGCUGGGAGGAAUUACCUGGUUGCUAUUGAUGCUCCUCAACCGUACCAACCUAAAAACUGCGUCUGUGUGCAGAGGGUCAUGCACAGCAUGCAGCAAAGACAGACUGCACUGAGUGUCAUCCUUCUGGAUGCCUGUAGAAAAUGGUACAAUCAAGAUUGUAUUCCCUCAGCCAUCAUGCCAUUGUCACCCAGCGGGAACACUGUUUAUGGAUAUGCCACGUGUGAAGAUGCUGAGGCCUUUGAGGUGCAGGACGGGGGGAAAAGUACUGGAAUCUUCACCAAAUACUUAAAUGCACACAUCCUACAGUCUGAGAAAGUCACACAUGUCUUAGAAAGGGUGUCUGAGGAUCUGGGAAGAGACCCUCUAGUCAGAGGCAAGCAGGUAGUAGAAAUCAAACACACCCUGAAGGAACCCAGAUCCCUUGCAGACCCAGUUCGGACUACUGGCCACACAAGAGAGCUUCACUUGCGAGACGCCUGCUGGAGACAAGCAAAUGAGCUGCCACAGAGGAAGCGGCUGAUGUUUGUUUGUGGAGUAGAAGUGGAAGUAAGCUUCUCAGCUUUGUUCUCAAAUGUCUUGGUGGCUUUUGCCACUGUGAAGACUACAGGCCCCAAAACCCAGGACUGCACCAUCACUCUAAGUAGCACACCGACAAUGGAGGACUUGUUUUCUGGCCCUGGCAGGUCGGAAGAGAUGGACUCCCUUCUGUUUACUAAAUCUGAUGACUCAGACUGUUCGCUACGACUUUGUGCUCUUCAGAAACUCACGGAACCCCUGGUCAUCAAAGUGGAUCUGCACUAUACACACAUGGACAGUAGGCUACGUAAGACAGAAAGCCUAAAGGUGGACAUAAGAAAACCUUUGGUGGCAUCUUGUAAACUUCACAGGAGAAGUCAUACCGUAACAAGCAAGAAGAAAGAAAUUGCUGCUGCUCAAAGUAUGGGCAACUUUGCCAGUGGCAAAUCUCAGCUGCAUAAGACUCUGGCUGCUCCUCUUCGCCCUUUCACGAGGAAGGCAGAGUGUGCUCCACAAGUCGACACAUCAAGGCACAAUGAACCUGAAGAAAACGAUGAAAAUGAACUGCACGACUUUACUCUUUAGACCUAUUUGGUGCUGUUAUUUCCCGUAUGGAAAAAUGUAAUGUUUUUGCUUGUGUGAUUAUAAAUAACUGUUGCACAUAAUGCCUCUUACAUGUCUAUGACUGGUGAUGAAUGAAUGAAUGAAUGAAUGAAUGAAUGAAUGAGGCUUGUGUUACCAACCCUGCGUAUGUGGCCCAACACUGAAGACAGAUAACACUUAAUUUUGCCAACCACUGAUUUUAUCAUGAAUUGUAACAUAGUUGCAACAUAUCACUUUGUAAUCAGCAGAGAGCCUAAUUUAUGAAAACUGGAAACCAUUACUGUUAAUAAUUUAUAAAAUAAAACUUUCAAUCUUU